GCCCGAAUGUUGCGCUUUAUGCUCCCAGAGUGAGAUUUUCUCUUCAGGUGAUGGUCUUCAGUUCUGCUGUACUGAGAGAGAGAGUGUGUGUGCUUGUACCUGACAUCACACUUCAGCCUGGCAUGCCACUAGAGUCUGCCUCCAAAUAUCACACAAUGGCAGAUGAUGAUAAUGAGGACUAGAGUAACUGCAGCAUGUACAGUGUGUACCUUGCUGGUUUUCCAUUGUGUCUUUCUCUCAGUCAAACUGGUAGGUGAGUCUAAAUUUAGCCCUCCACCGGGCCAGCUUGUUGAAAAAUUGAUCGAUAGUGGAGUCGCUGCUAUAGUAACAGUCGCAGUUUUAAUGGUGGUCAGGUGUCACUGGAUCUCCAGUCAAGCAGAUAGUGAACGACAAUGAGUCCGGUGCAGGAUACGGCCACAUGGAAAAACAAAGCUGUCUCUAAAGUUGGUGACAUGUCCAGGGGUGGUAAUAGAACAGAUAAGGGUGAUGACAAGGUGGACUUGUGUGGCCGGGGGAGCUGGUGGCUGGGGACACUGAAAGACACACCCAUCCCUGGUCUCUAUCACAUUCGAGACUUCAUCGAAGAAGCUGAACUGAACCCUGUGAGGAAGACCUAUGGGUUUAAAGGUGUAGGCAGAAAAGCCCAGACUCUGGGCGUGCAUAAAGGAGAUCUGCUGUUACCCGGGGCGUAUGACCACAUCGACUCCAUCCAGGAGGUCCUGAUGCACCCGGCAUCCUACUCUUUCAAAAACUGUCCACGGCCCAACAUCGCCACGCUUGGCAUCAGAGACAAGCAUAUAAACACUUCACCGUGCGACUACAAUGUGACAGCGAAACCGGUGGAGAAGAUUCCCUGCAAGCAUGUGAUGUUUCGGUCGACUGUGCAACGGAUCAGCUUUCCACCUAAGGAGGGACCUGCUCCAUGUCACUACAAUCUACAGACCAGAUCUGAAAAAGGCAUCACAUCCUGCUUCAAAUCCACUUUGCCACGGCUCCACUAUGUGCACCCAAAGACCCCAGGACCAGGAGCUUACGAACCCUGUUGGAAGUUGGGUGACCGUCUGAACACAGAGGUCAUAGACCCUCAUUUAGCCUCUUUUUCCGCAACAUUCCUUAGUGUGGACUUUAUUUCCCAUGAUGCUCUGAUCCUCCUAGCAUCUCCUCAUCCUGUCAAUCUACUGGCAGAUCACACAUGACCCUGCCUUAUUGAUAAAAUAAUGAUAAGUAAAAUCAUGACAGUAC